AUGGCAACCACAUUUUCAGGAAUAGAGAAUAGUUUUGGGAUUCGUGGAGUCAGUAGUCAAAGUAGUAAAGACGCACAACCUACCAUUGGAAAUCGAUCAUGCAAGUUGGAGAGUUACAAGGGUGGUUCAACGAGCUGGAUGGUUGAAUAA